GGAGGAGAAGGAGAGAAGGAGGGAGACAGUGGAGUCACGGAAAGCACAAGAACCAAGAUGAAGCUGGCUAUAACAGCUGUCUUGUGUUUAGUCCUUCUUUUGGUUGACAAUAAUCUUUCACUGGCAGUCAAAGGAAAACGGGGUAUAUCGAAGCUUUUUAAGAAGUCCCCCAAAACAAAGACCAGCCUGGACGCCAAGUCUAAGCAGUCAAUCCUCCAAAAGGCUAAACAACCUACACAAACUAACCAAGGAGGCUACCCUAAGCAGCCAGCAGGAGGUUACCCCAACCAAGGUGGUUACCCCCAACAACCAGCAAGACCAGGUUACCCCAACCAACCAGCAGGUGGUUACCCUAACCAACCAGCAGGAGGUUAUCCCAACCAACCAGCAGGAGGUUACCCCAACCAACCAGCAGGAGGUUACCCCCACCAACCAGCAGGAGGUUACCCCAACCAACCAGCAGGAGGUUACCCCAACCAACCAGCAGGUGGUUACCCUAACCAACCAGCAGGAGGUUACCCUAACCAACCAGCAGGAGGUUACCCCCACCAACCAGCAGGAGGUUACCCCCACCAACCAGCAGGUGGUUAUCCCCACCAACCAGCAGGAGGUUACCCCCACCAACCAGCAGGUGGUUAUCCCCACCAACCAGCAGGUGGUUAUCCCCACCAACCAGCAGGAGGUUACCCUAACCAACCAGCAGGAGGUUACCCCAACCAACCAGCAGGAGGUUACCCUAACCAACCAGCAGGAGGUUACCCCAACCAACCAGCAGGUGGUUACCCCCAACAUCCAGCAGGUGGUUACCCCCAACAUCCAGCAGGUGGUUACCCCCAACAUCCAGCAGGAGGUUACCCCAACCAACCAGCAAGACCAGGUUACCCCAACCAAGGAGGUUACCCCCAUUAUCCAGCAGGAGGUUACCCCCAGCAUCCAGCAGGCAACCCCCAGUACCCUGGAAGGCCAGCAGGUUACCCCCAGUACCCGGGGUACCCAGCUGGUGCCUACCCAGCACAAGGCUAUGGAGGAGGAAGCUAUGGCGGCAUUGGAAAUUACCCUGGAGGUUAUAUAAACCACAACCCACAAAACAACAUCUUGAGUCCGCACUAUGGUGGGAGCUUUGGAUACGGGGCCCGCGGAGGUGGGGGUGGCUCUCCCUUCUCCCACUCCGUCCAGGCGGGGGGAUUUGCUCCCUCUGAUAAAUCCAGAGGGUUUGGGCGCAGCGCAGUGAUAGCAGCCGCUGGGGGAGCUAUGGCAGGCAUGGCUGUGGGAUACGGGUUAGGGAGGUUCCCACGCCCUCAAUUCGACUUCCACAGUCCUCAGGAAGAGUACUAUUACAACAACUAUAUGUACAGGAAAUAUGGCGUAAAGUCAACUGACAGCAACGACUACAGCAGAGACUAUCAGUACAGUAAACCCAGCGAGAGCUUUGACGGGUACAUGGCUUCCUGCAUGAAGAGGACGGACCUUCUGCGUGAUGAGAAACAAACGUCAAACAAAAAACCUCCGACCACCACAACUGCCUCAGUAAAAACCACAACCACACCUCCACCAGUUACUCACAUUAACAACAACACAAGUAAUAGCACCACAACUCCACCAGUUACUCACAUUAACAACAAAACAGGUAACAGCACCACAACUCCACCAGUUAUUCACAUUAACAACAACACAAGUAACAGCACCACAACUCCACCAGUUACUCACAUUAACAACAACACAAGUAACAGCACGGCCACAAACAUCUCCACAACUGCUCCACCUCCAUCUCCUCCUUCACCUCACCCACUGAAUAAGUCUGAGGUCAAUCCUGCACCUCGUGCAACUCCCCAGACUCCCAGGGAGGGUGGGGAUGAUGAUGAUGAUGAUGACGACGUAGUCAGCAUUGUGGAAAUUGGCUACCCAGCACUGAUUAAACAAAUGAAGGUCAAGAGGUGUACAGAGCUUUAUAUAGUCUACUCGGAAAAGUACUUGAAGAAAAAAGAGAAGUCUGUGACCAGAAGCGGAGCGGAGGACCAGAAGAUGGCCUUCCGAAGUCUUUUGUGUGUGUUCACCACUGCCAUAGUGAUCCUGCUGCACUGAUGUCCUGGCUGAAUUGAUGGAUGUAUAAAAAUAUUUGGGGGGACAGCAAAAUGUGUUGGUGAAGAACUGUAUUUAUGAUCUUCACGGGACAUCAUCACCAUCAUCUGAUCAUCUAUAGUUUCCAGGCUACACUGUCAAACUAAGACUAAACAUUAUAACAUGCAAACAUGGAUAUGUCAGCACAUUGAUAUUAAAAAACAAACAAACUGUACAGUGGCAAGAAAAAGUAAGUGAACUCCUUAUAUUAAACUGAAUUUCUGCAUCGAUUUGCCAUGCAAUCUUAUUUGAUCUUCAUUUAAGUCACAAUCAUAGAACAAAACGUGCUUAUAGGACUAUUCUGGAGUUGAAAUCUACCCUAGUACAAAAUCAAAAUUAGUGUAAGCUUUCAGCUUUUUAGUGACCAAAACAUUGUGAAUCCAACGAUUUUGAGUUAGAAUGCAAGUUUGCACCAUAAUUGACAUUAAUGUUAUCCCAGAGGAAAAUAUCUACAUGGGAAGAAAUUAUUUUAAUCCUCAGACGUCUAAAAAAUGUCAUCCCUCCAGACAAACCAGGGUAAUUUUAGACUGAAAUGUUCUUCCUUGUUCUCUUUUCAUAAGUCUUUACAAGUCAAUUACUGAUAUUGAACAAAGAACUGUAAAUAAAUGCAAAAGGAGGGAAGUCUGUGGCCCCUUUUAGGUGAUAACUCGCAUACAAUUAUAAUUUUUGGGGUCUUUAUUUAACAGUCCCAGCGCUGGCGGUAGAAUCUUCUUAUUAGCUGGUAAAACUCGAUGACAACAGAAAAAAAGCAAGAUGCUUCCUCUUGAUCGCACGUGCACAACGGUCUGGAGAAUUUUCUUUUUAAAAACCAUUCCUCUUUAAUGAACUGCUUCAGCUCAGACAGGUUUCAUAGCUCUCUUAAGGUCAUUAUACAUCACUCCAAAAGGUGCAUUUUCUUUUUCUGAAGCGGAUCUGUGUUGGGUUUACAUUUAUGCUUAUGGUCAUUGUCCCGCUGUGUUAUGGAGUUGUUUUUUUAAUUUCUCGUGGUUGUGGUUGUGGUUGAGGUUUAUCUUUAUUCUCCUGACUUAGUGUUGUUAUAUUUUUAUAUAUAUUUCCUUGUGUGUGUAGCUCUGUUUGACUUCCCUUGGUCCCAUCUCUCCUGAGUGUUCACUCCGUCUCAACAGGCCCUGUGAAUAUUGUCGUGUUUUUUCCCACUUUCCUGCCAGUUCAUCUGUUAGCGAUCCUAUUAUGUUUCACCUUUAUAGUUUUGCUCUUUUUAAGAGGUCACUGUUUUUUGCCUGUUCUGGUUUUCUUACCUGUGCAGCGCUUAUUAUUUAAAAUAAAGGACUUUUUGCUUGUUACUCCUG